ACUCCACAUCAUUCAAUAUUUUGAUGGAUAUGUUAUUUACUAAAGGCAAAUAUGAAAGUGAUGCUGAACUGAUUAGAAUUUUGGGAACUGCCCAUAGGUUCCUUUAACCCUGCUGGCCACUGUUCACUCGGCAGGUGCCCUGGAAGUAUUGAUUGAAAUGAAAAAUCAAGAUGUGAAGUUCAGCAGAGACACCUACAUCCUUGCGUUUGCAGUUUGCUACAAACUGAAUAGCCCGGAGUCUUUUAAAAUUUGUACAACUUUAAGAGAAGAAGCCUUACUUAAGGGAGAUGUCAUCUCCAGGAGAGCAUCCUGUUUUGCAGUGGCAUUAGCUCUGAACCAGAACCAGGUGGAAAAAGCCAUGUCCAUUUUUUCUCAAAUCAUGAAUCCAGAGAGUAUAACCUGUGCUAACUUAAAUAUUUUAAUCCAUGUCCGGUCAAAUAUGUUGGAAAACCUGAUAAAGAUCUUACAGGACACUGUUGACAGAAGUGUAUCGAUGUUUGUGAAAAGACACGCGUUCUCAGAGGAAGUGCUGGCCAAGGUGAGGGACAAACUGAAGGACAACCCCACACUCGCGGCCAGAUUUGAUGAGGUCUAUGGGAAGCUGCACGUUAACGGCCUAGUCACCAUUUACACACUGGAUGCUCUGCUCUGUCAUGUUCCCCGGGACAAGAAAUCCAACACAUUGUUGUUAAAGAAGAGGACAGUCAGCCGACGGACCUUACAACCUCUCAGCCAGUCCCUGCUGACUGAAUAACUGUGUUUUCAGCCUCCCAGGUCUGGAGGAGCUGCCGUGGAUGAAUCAUUGACUUCUCCAGGGUGCCAGGCAUCUCACUUCAGUGCACUGUGCUAGCACCUGGUCUCCCUACGUCCAAGUCCCCUGGGUGGUGACUUGCCAAUCAAAGAGAUGUGAAGAGCUAGCUCAAGCAAGGGAAGCACCGUUGCCACAGAAAGGCAGCUUCCCCUAUGUCAGCCACACCAGAGUAAGGGCCACAGCCACAAAUGCAGCUCAACACCAGAGCGACACUCAGAAAGUACCUGCAGAAGGAAUUUCCCAUGGUCUCGUCAACCUUGAGUGACCUUUCACAGGAGAGAUGCCUUGCAAGCGAUGUCCUCGCUGAAUUCGAGAGAUCUGAAACCCUCUACCAUGUGGGGAAACGGGCAAGGCCUUCUCUCAUUUCUGCCAUCAUUUUCCCAUCUACAGAGUAAUAUUGCCCGUGUGUGCUUGGAUGAUCUGACAUUUUCAUUCAGGGUUCGGUAGAGUUAAUCUUUCUCCCAAACAAGAAAUAAAAGGAACCUGCGCAGA